ACCUUCCUGCCUUUGCCCCCAUUUUUCUUCCUUCGUUUACAUCCUCUCUCUCUCUCUCUCUCUAAAAUGUUCUCUCUGUACUGACGGCGGCGCCUCCUUCCUAGUGCCGCCGGCGAACUUGAGCUUCGACUUCGAAGUCUUACUGCACCCGUGGAAGGAGCCGAGGAGUUACGUUAUCGAUUGUUACUGGGUCUAGCUUGAAGGCGUUGGGAGCUUGAUAUAUCUGGAUCGGAGCUUUGCGGGAACUCUCCUGGCGGCUGCGGCGGCCGCCGAUCUUAUCGCCGGAGGCUUCCGGACAUGAACGCGGGCUAUUUGGUUUGAGGUUGACCUGCAAUUAAUCGAAGGGCACGCUCGAUCCAGGAUCGAUAGUAAUGGUGGAAUUGGAGAUUUCAACGGCGAUGGCGGCGUCGAACUCAGUCUCCGCUGACGUUAGCGUAUCGUCGGCUCAGGUGCCGCCGGUUAAGAAGAAGAGGAACCUCCCCGGAAUGCCAGAUCCGAACGCCGAGGUGAUUGCUUUGUCGCCGAAGAGUUUGUUAGCGACGAACAGGUUCGUAUGCGAGAUCUGCAACAAAGGUUUUCAGCGAGAUCAGAACCUGCAGCUUCAUCGGAGAGGACACAACUUGCCAUGGAAGCUCCGGCAGCGGACGGGGAAGGAGGUGAAGAAAAGGGUUUAUGUUUGCCCGGAGCCCAGCUGCGUUCACCACGAUCCAUCGCGCGCGCUUGGGGAUCUCACAGGCAUCAAGAAGCACUUCUGCCGUAAGCAUGGUGAGAAGAACUGGAAGUGUGAUAAGUGUUCCAAGAAAUAUGCCGUCCAGUCCGAUUGGAAAGCCCAUAACAAGACAUGCGGAACCCGGGAAUACCGCUGCGAUUGCGGCACCCUUUUCUCACGAAGAGAUAGCUUCAUAACGCACAGAGCAUUCUGCGAGGCACUGGCAGAGAACUCGCGGCCGCCACCGGCGAGUUCGCGGGUAGAGGAGGUACAUACGGCGUCGCCGUUGCCAGCUUUACCGAUUCAGCAGAUACCGCCAGCGCCGCCGGAACAGCAAGAUCCGGAAAACGCAAGCAAAGUACUACACUGCCCGCCACCGCCGGCGCCGGUACCGGCACCAGCGCUUAGCAGCAAUAGCAGUACCACAACAACAAGCGGAGGUAGCAGUAACAGCAGCCCCGCAGCAACGUCAACAUCCACCAGCCUCUUUGCAAGCCUCUUCCCAUCCUCCGCCCCCCCUGCAACCGCCGCACAGACCACGACAUCCUUCCCAACCCUCCUCGCCUCCGAUGCCUCAGUAAUGGAACCUCCCUUGCUCUGCCUCUCCUCCUUCUUCCCUCUGGCGCCGGAGCGACGCCAGUCCCAGCCCUCUCCGCAUAUUUCGGCGACCGCUCUCCUGCAGAAAGCCGCGCAGAUGGGUUCGUCGUCAUCCAGCUCUUCUUUCCUCCGUUCUCUUGGCUUGGCCACCUCGUCAACAAACAACACCGGGAGCGAUCUCUCCGGUGGCGGCUCCCUACAUUGGAGCAAACAGCAACAGCAGCAGCACGCGCCGUCCGGGCUCGGAUUGGGCCUCGCUUAUGAUAGCAGCGGUAUCGCCACCGCCAAUCUGCCGGAGCUAAUGAUGAGCUCUUCAUCUCUCUUCGUGCCCAAGCCAGCUGCCCUUGACUUCCUUAGCCUUGGUAUGAGUACGCCUUUUAUGAACUCCAUGGGCGGUGGUGUCGGGAGCUCUCCGCCGGAAAAGACAUGGGAGGCCGCCGCCGACCAGAAACCCAACGGUUCGACGUUUCUCUAGCACAGUAUGAAAACAAGUUAAUCACGUCUCUCUCUCUUAUUAAUUUGCUUAAUUUCUAAUUUUGUUAGGUAUAAUUUCUUGUUUUAGCUUUCUGUUUUCGCCUUUUUGCUGUGUGUAACUGUGCUCCUUUUUUUUUUUCCUUUUGUUAGUGUGCUAAAGUAAAUUAUAUUUUUCAGUUAAAUGUUAUUUAUUUAAAAAGUUUAUAUAUAGGGCUGAUAUUUUUGCUUC